GGAAGAUCUUUGCGACAAGCUGGCAAACAGUCAGUCGUUCUUACCAAGCAUCAGAUUACACUCCCUGGGUGGAAUCUCCUUUUGUGACAGCAGCGAAUGCGAAGAAUUUGAUGUGGGAUCGUUUCACUGGAGGCUGUAUUGUGUCGUGGCGGUGAUAGCACUGAUAGUGAACUGCGCGCGAUUGAGAAGGCCUUUUAUCUACCAAGAAUUUGCGUCGAUAUGUUGUGAUUCUUGUUGUGGUUUUUAACAGGAAAUCGAUCGGACAGCCAGCCCGAGGUGGGUGCCAUAGUUUCAUUACUCGGGCUGAAUCUUUGGCGCGUUGCAGCGCACUUAUGUGAAUACAGUAGAGCAUUCACGGCCGUUCACCAUCUCAAAACACUUCACAAAAUUAUGAGGCAGUGUUCAAGGAUAAAGUUUUCCUUUUCAAGGUAAGUACAAAAGGUCACCGAUUUCUUAAGCGAUGCGAUCCAUCGGGACAUCGACGCGAGUUUGUAAUCACUGGAUGACAAAAUUGCAAUUUUUUCUCAUAUAUUUUCCUUUUUCGUUGUUAGGAUUCCAAUAUGCCUUGCCUUCCUUCUGGUUUUCAGUUGCGUUAUCGACACAAGACAAGAGGAGGUUAGUUUAAAUUUUCUGGAUUAGUAUUUGAACAUACCAUUAUUGCAUACUCAUGGCAAAAUGAUGACAGAACAUACACAAAUGGUUACUAGUAAAUAAUUCUCUGUUCGAGUUGAAUUCUGCAGACAUGUCUACUAAGUUUUGUCUGGAGAGGCUCGACAUCUGGGAAUAUAAUGCUUUAAAUUCUAUCAUGGACAAACCCCGUUCGGGGACAAAACCUUUUUUGACAGAUUCGAAUGCCUGACAAUAGUCGAUUGGAAGUUAUUAGUCGAGCUGCUUCAUAGUACCUUGCGUUCCAUUGCACAUUGAACAGUGCGUAAACAUUCGGAAAGUAUCAAGAUUUUAUCUCCUUUUCUGUUUAAUAGCGUGAGUCAAGAGAUUGAAGGAUAAUUUUGGUAAGAUGGGAAUCGUUGUCAGCUUUUGUCCGUCUUUGUCACAUGGUAGUAGUGACAAAUUUGCUGACAUGUUUCACAGUGUGGAUGCUUUCAGAUGCGUGAGGUCGGAGCAACUAUGAGAAGGUUUCGGGGGUCUUAUCCCACUUUCUUGAAGACAUGAAGCCGCAACAUGGAUUAAUUUUUGCGAUUUUCAGAAAGUACCCAGUACCGAGCAUUGAUAAUAUUUUCGUUUUUAUCGAGUACGUGCAAUAGAAAUACAAAUUUUCAAAAAAUACUACGGUGUGCGUACUCCAUGUAAAACCAGUUUUGUGUACAAAGCGUAGUUAGAGAAUAGUUACUCUGGAGUAAAUUUUGCGGGAAAAAUGUUUGCGGUAAUUUUUAUUUGCGCGAACCUUAUUUUUGCGGAUCGCUGGAAAAAUCGCAAAAUUUAGAACCGCAAAAAUUUCGUGCCACACGGUAAGUCUGAUCUGGGGUGCUUACCAUAUACACAAAGCACCCAGGUGGAAAUCUUAUGCAUAAAUACAAAACUAUAUCAUCUUGACAUGAUGGGAAUACGAAGAAUACGAACCGCUACAGAGGAUAUAUAUCCAAAUCAGCUGAACAAACUCAAAUUACAGCCCAUAUUUUCUGAACCUUCAGAAACGGAAUGGUGCCAACAAUUUCGUUAUCUUUUUUUACGUAUUAAAGUAUUAAAUUAAAAACAAGAAAAAAAAUCACACACACAAACAAAAACAGACAAUCCACUAAAAAAUCGAGCUUAUAAAUCGCAUGAAAGUGCUUUUUGAGAAAAUCUGGAACGUUUUAACUGAUCGAUCGACUGAUGCGGAACGUUAGAAUGGCUUAUAGCACUAUAAUGGUUUCCGGUUUGAAAUUAUGUAUCAUUUAAAGACCACAAACAGGCAGCAGAUACUUAGUAUGACUAACAACGUCUUAUUGAAUUUACCUCAAUCAAUUUUUGCCACUUGUUACAUUGAAAUGCUAUUUAGUACUCUUAUCUCACAGACCACACUGCCUCGUUAUAGCAAGUAUAAAAUUUAAUUCAGCGGCGGACUGACUAGUUCUUCGAUUCGAUGGUAUAUUUGCUUGGAAACGAGGUGGAUCGAUGGUAUGGUAUUUGCUUAGGAACAAGGCUGCUUCCGCAACAAAUCAUCAAUCAUCCUCGAUUCCAGGCGCGGCCACCUAGCCUAAAAAAUGGCGUCCAAGACUGAAUUCGUAAUUCUUCAAAUCAUUUUCAGCCUCAUUCAAUAACUGCUAAUUAUUUGGCUUUUUAGUGAUCUAUCAGGAAGUUACCCUGUACGCGUUCUAGUAGCCGGAUACAACAUGUGUAUUAAUUCGAAAUCCUGGCUACUCCACCAGAAUCCAACGACAACGUUUUACUGCUUUGCCAUUAAAAUAUUGGAAACGGUUGUUUUACGUUGCAUUUGUUCCGAAGGCAGUAAAGUUAUUGCCCAUAAAUCAUCUGCAAAUGUCUUCUGUCAUCUUCAACUCCAACCUUUACUUUUUUUUAGCUUUUCUGUUCAUGCUACCCGAAAAUAACUAGUCUAAUAGGCAAUCGAGGCGGAAACAAAGGAGCGGAACGAAACCGCCUCCUGAGCAACGGUCCUUAUGGUUGACUAGAAGGUCAUUAUUCCCUAAUAUAGAGAAUGAUAAACAACAAAACUAGGUUCGCGAUCAUUUCAAACAGGUUACAUGGCUACAGUAGGAGACUCAAAGUUUCUAACUUCGAUUAUACUUUCCGCGACAAAACUUCGAUUCUACUGAGCGAUAAAACAAAUUCUUGACAUUGUAAUUUAUUAACCCGUUGUGUCUUUACUCAGUUAUAAACAAAUGUUAAGCAGAUACAGCUUGAACUAAGACUGUGAACGAAAUUGUCCUGGUUGACAAUACUUAGCACAUUUACAAAAACGUCAAUUUUCUUUGGACUUGGCUUUUGCCACUUAUAAGAAAGAAAACCGUAAUUGAGGAUUGAAAUGUUUUAUGGAUAUCAUAGCCAAUAAAAUAAAUAAUGAAUGCCACAUUUAACUUAAAAAUUAUGAAUGUGGCAUUGAUAUCCCAGUAAACCACAUGUUCAAAACACUUUUACGGAUAAUACCACACAUUUCCGCCAUUUUUUCUGUGCCGAAAACAGAGAGAAAAUAGAGUCUAUUUGGCGUGACUUUCUUUUUUAUUUGGAUACUUAUGUUACAAUCUGUCAAAGCAAUUCUCAAUUGUUCCCUAACGGGUUCUUAAGACAACUUACACUCAAGAAGUGUAAAAUGGCUUCUUUGCACACCCUGUCAAGUGUGUUCAUCCGAUAGCAAGGCUGAUGUAAUCUUGAGGUCGCUGUUGCGAUUCCUCAAAUUUCUUUGUAUUGACUAAUUUCCCCUCCAGGGCCAGCUUUCGCUUAGAUGGGUCACUACAUGAAAAUAAAUAUAACAUUUUAAGUUAUCCUAGCUUUUACAGUUAGGCGGGAAACCACUUUCAGUAAUUGCUGGUAAAUCAUUCAACCGUGUGGCAAGGGUAGCGGAGGAUACAAUCUUCGAAGAAAUCAAUGAACAAUGUAGACCAUGCCCUUUCCCUUAUCUGAGUACUGGGACAAUGGAGCGUUUGGUCUUUACCCCACUGACGGUUUCACCCUUGAUUACAGUUGCUUAAAUCUCUCCGUCAUUGUCAUUCUACUGUGACAUAAUCGUGUCAUAACGUACAUUAAUGAAAACUUUCAUUGGCCCAAAGUAAAGGUUAUAAAAUAACGGGUUUCUUUUGGCGAGUGUUGGUGUUGUGCAGCGGAAGGGAGGUUGUUUAGAAGGUUGGUCCCCGUUAGGUGUUCGUGUUCAGGGAUUUAUUUUGUGAUUUAAACUUCCUAUAAAGAGGACCGUGAUUUGACUGAGAUUGUCAUUAGAGCGGCCGAGACACGACAUUUUGCAAUUUUAACAAUACGAGCUUCAGAAAAUGAUGUUCUAAGGAAUCGACAAGCGGUCCGAAAAGUGAGAUUCAUUUUAACUUAGCAUAAGUUGUCCUCGUUUCAUACUCUUUCGACCGCCUUGUUUAUUCCACUCUCUGCCCCUGGUCCUCUAUAGUCGAACUGAGAAUCUAGAGCCUCCUGUUCGGAGUUGCUGCGUCCAUUUGCCCGUAACUAAAAGUUUGACCGGUUUCAAACUUUGCCCAGCAACUUCCAACGACACGCAACAAAAGGGCAUGCAAAGGGACGCAACAUGUCAGUAACAUCCAACAACGUUGGGAAGUUGGACAACAAUGUUGCAUGGGGUUAAACCCUAUUCAGACCGGGGGGCUUUUGAGGCUUCCUCUCGCUAAAAAAUUGAAUAAAUUCAAAACUGUUCAAGCUAGGACCACCAAACUUAGCGACUUUUCCUAAAAUUCAUCUGGGAAAAUUUUUAAGUCUUCUUGACGUGUACGUCAACAUUGAUGUUACCAUGUCAACCGAGUUUUGACUUUUGACAGCCUUGUUUUUCAAAAUUUACAUUUUCUCUAAAAAAUAGGUUUUAUUUUAGUGAUUGAAUUAUUAAAUUACACUUAAUUUAACAUUAUUUUAUCAAACUUGUUGUAGCUUUUGUUGAAAUCCAGGCAUUUUAGCUACUAGUACGAAAAAAAAAAAAUUGAGUUUAGUAUGACCAAACGGCAGCUAGUUGCUAAGUUAAAUUUUCAAUAGUGUUCAAGUCCAUCGGGAUUUCAUAUUUUGCUGAUUUUGUUGUCAUCAUGACAUCACUACUAUUGAGAAAGGGAAAUUUGGAUUCUUCCUUUAAAUUCAAUAAUAUGACGUCAUAAUGCCGCCCCCCGGUUCGCAGGAAGCGAAAAAAGCCCGGUCUGAAUAUGGUUAAGUGGCAAUUUUUAAAACGCAUUUCAGGGAUAGUCGGGAUUACGGGAUGAGGAAUUUUUGUAGGGAUGACGGGGUGAAGAAUCCCGAAUUUUCGGGGGCUCUCAUCAGUGUGACAUUGGAGUGAAGAGCUUACGAGGGAUUUCAUUGUCUUUUUAGACGCGUCAUCCAGAUUCGUUUUCGUCGUUACUUCAAAUUGUGGAUGAUGGUUCUGUUGCAAGGGAGAGGCGAAAUGCAGACGCCAGUAACUCACACGGUAAAAAUAUUACGUUAAACUAGUAGAGAAUAUGACUUGUUGAUAGCGCGCUAUGAGCUCGGACACGUCCGUUAACAAGCUAUACAUAGUCAAAGGCUCUGUCAGCCAGUCUAGUUAUGUAAUCAUGAUUUCAGCUCCACCAGGCAGUGUAACAUGAAAGAAAACGCCGGCGUUAUUUUGGUAGUUUGGCCGAGAACAGAAAACUAUCACACGGUAACCUCUUAUUACAUCCAAGUAUGCAAUACAUAAGCAACAUAAAUCACAGCCAAACGACAAUUGUAAAAAGAAACCAAUGCUGUCAGAACGGAGACCACAAAAAGAAAAAAAAAACCUGCUGAAAACAAUCCCAGUGGUGAAAAAAGCCGGGCAAGAAACCUGGGUAGGAACCUAGGCUCAACAGCCAAUCUUUUGAUGAUGUGGGCUACACUGUUCAGACAUUACCGUCCAUGUUAACUGGAGUGGAAGGUCGUACGUAUGACAACUAUGAUAUACUUAAAACUAUAAAGGCGACAUACUUGAAACUUUCAUUGUUAAAUUUCAGAUUUUUUGGCAGAUGAACCUGAGGGGAGUGUUCCCGUUACGGAAGGUCAGGAGAUUUAUAUUUUGUUGAUUUUCCUUUGAAGCAUCUUUUUCGAAGUUUUCCCGCUGAAAGUCAAUUGAAUCAGUGAAUUUUACGCGUUAAAUUUUUCCUCUUUUGUUAAUACAGGUGAAGUAGUCACACUGUAGACAUUAUAGGAUAAUUCCUAUUUCCAGCAAUGUCAAAUAUAUUAUUUAGAUAAGUGUCUUAUUGCUUGUAGUGAACGUCUUAGUUCUGAAUUUUGGAAGAGAAACAACUCCGUGGUUAUUUCGAAAGCGUAGUAAUUUUUUUUAUAGAUAAACCCUUUAAGUAAUUGGCACAUAUUAACUGCCGCCCGGCAAGUGCUGGGUUCACAGGGCUGGCUUCACAAUGUCAUUUCCAGCUUAUACUUUGGGUAAGCAGCACUCAUCAUUUUGAUUGCCCGUCGCGACUUCUUGCUCGUAUUUAUUAAUGAUUUAGUCAGUCAGAGAAUGAUUUGCCUGGACCAUUUAAGCAGGUAAGCUUUAAAUGUUACUUACCCAGCAAGAAAAGUCCUGGACCAACGGACGGGACUUGUUUUCGAGCCCAUGGUCAGUAGUUAUUCUGAGAAAUUAGCAAAUGCAUUUUGGCUGUGAUUUUAUCAAGGCCUUGUCUCGGCUGAUCAUGGGCAUGAUCGAGUAGGACAGCAGAAGGCGUAAGAUCUAUCUUGGGGAAAACUGAUUGCAACUAUUAAAAACAAAAAAGCAAACAAAAGAAGAAACAAAAGGAGAAAACCUGAGUAAUUACAAUGACUAUAGGAUCACCACAGAAAGUGAAACGACAUUUUGUAAUUAUUUGCUUUGCAGGACCAUCCAUAAUCUGUAUUAAGAAAACAUUCCGACUCAGGACACCCAGCCAGUUGUCUGUAGAUGUAUGUUCCACGGUAUAUGCUGUAACAGGAAGCGACAUCUCCGUGACAUGUAGGGCAAGUUCAACUUCUGGUAAACCUAAAAUUGAGUGGUUUAGGUAUGGGUAUCCUGUGACUAACAGAUACUCGGCUGAUGUCGCAGCCAUUGACGGUGUGUUGAGAAUUCGCCGAGUAAGUCGGUUCAAUGAAGGCUCGUAUACGUGUAAAGCUUCAAAUGAAGAAGGGAAGUCGGAGGAAUAUUUCACGCUUAAACGACUAAGUAAGUAAAAAUACACUGUACAAACAUUUUUCUGUUAUGCAAUCUGGCUAGGGUAGCAAUCUUGUCUUGUUGGAGCACGGGGCGCGUUAAGAAGCAAAUACAGGGGUGGUAUGAGAGGGGUGGGAUGGCAUUCUCUUCCUCCCCCACGCCCUUCCGUCCCGAUUUUGUUUUUCUCUUUCUUAAGCUCCUUGCAUUCCCACACCUUCUGCGCUUUGGAGAGAAUACUACUGCUUCUUGGGCUAACGCAAUUCGUUCUAUUAUUUAAGAGUAAUUUUGCUUGGCUGGCUCUAAAACGAAAUCUUUACAGCCGUGCGUGACCGGGUCGGUUUUUCAUAUAUAUAAGAACUCUUUGGAUGUGCUCCGUCAAGAGUACCUGUUUUUUCUCUCCACUUUGCAUCCUCUGUGAUGACCGUUUUAACUUUUAACCAGUUUAUCCUUUGAUAUAUUUUUCUUGUUACAGACCCUUCUUUGCCCAUAAUACUCACAUCUGAUGGUCACGUGUCGUUUGGACCCAACGAUAAAGUAGCAGAGAUCACAAUUGGAAGUGACGCUACAGUUUACCGGGGCGCAACCCUCACCAUUCGUUGUCCCGUUGAAGGGCCAGGCAAUCCUUUUGUCUAUUGGACCAAUCAAGGUAGAUCUGUGUCCAUUGGCAAAGCUCAGAAAGUUGGAAAUGAUCUCGUCAUAAGAAACAUCGAUAA